GGGAGCGGUCAGGUUACUCGCCUGGGCUGGAGCAGGGGCCAGCGGCCCCCUCCCCCGACGGCAGCUCGCCAAGGGGCCGAGUGGGGCGGUGGUUACGCACCCGGCUGCGAUUUGCAUGUGAAUGGCCCGUCCGGAGCCGCCUCUGCCGCGGGCUCGGGGCCGGCGCGUCCCCUCCAGCCGAGGCCAUGCGGACAGCAGCGCCCCGCGCCCCGGGGCCGGCGUGAGCCCGGGGCCGUCGGACGCAGAGAAGGAAAGAUUUCCAACCAGUCGACAUGGUCCAACGGCACCCGAGACCUGAGUACUGGUUCCUCAGCUUUCUGAUUGGUAGCCUGUCCAGAGAACUCUUAGACUUUACUGCCCUUGCUGAUAAUCACACUUCAAAAGAUUUUGGUGCUGCUGCUGCCACCGUCGCGACCUCGGGAGAUGUUUAUGAAUACGUGGACAUCCCCUUGGACUGGUGGCAUGCGAACAGACACUGCGAACAACGCUUUGCGCAGCUGCUCUUUGAGCUCCCGAACAAUGAGCUGGCGUCGGUCAGCGAACUGCUGCGCCCCCACCAAGGGCAAAGCUCUGUCUGGUUAGACGAGAGGGAGGCAUUCCUGCGAAAACACAAACAGAGACGAAUUCACACAGCACCAAUCCUGGUGUUCAGAAACAAAACAGACACUAAGUACGUGAAGGUGCUGGCCAACUUCCCCGUGAUGCCUGCUGUCACCGCCUGUGCCCACAUCCAGUGGGACAACAAGACCCAGGAGAUUUCCACCAUCUUCUCCUAUGCCGUCCCUGCUUUCAUUAACGAGUUCCAGCUGCGCGGCUUCGUUGACAAGGAAGGGUUUGUACGAUUUGCCAUCAUCGUCCACGGACACCACUCCCCGUACCUGCCCGUGUUCCGCAGCGAUGGGCAGUGGCAUCACUUCUGUGUCACCUGGCAGCAGCAGAACGGGACGUGGGCCAUCUACGCCGAUGGGAAGAAGAAGGCCUCUGCCGCUGGACUGUGUGCUGCAGGGCCGCCGGCCAGCCAGGCUAUUUACGAUCAUGGAACUUUUAUUAUUGGGCAAGACCAGGAUUCACUAGGAGGCACCUUCAAGGAGAAAGAGUCCUUCAGUGGGAACAUCACUGACCUGAAUGUGUGGCGUAGAGUCCUUAGCGAAGAGCAGAUAGAGAGAGUCCGGUCGUGCUGCCUGAUAGACCAUGAGCUUAUCUUCGAGUGGGGCAGCUACACUCUGGAGAUCGAGCCCGCUGUACAAGAAGUAACAGCACAGUUCCUUUGCCCAGGGCCUGUGGAGCAAUGCAGGGUUCUGGACUUUGGCAGUGGUGGAGUCAGUGACACUUCUUGUUUGCAUUCCUUGCCUUUUGUCUGCCACUACAAGAAGGAUGUGUAUUUACUCUUGAAGAAAACCCAGUCAGAAUCCAGCCCACCACUGAUCAGUCGGGUUAAUACCCUCGCAAAUGCUACCGUGAUUCCUGAGAAUGUUUUCUUGGGCGAUGUUAGAGACGUGAACAUCUCAGCAGCUGUCAAUGUUCUCCAUGCUCUGACGACCGUCCUGCGGGAGGAGGAGACCCCGGUGAAACCAGCUGACCUGCUUGGCGUGGUCCAGUUUCUAAAGCAAGUUUCAGAUGUCGAAGUCCAGGAGCAGGAACAGCUGGAGAUGCUGGAGCAGCUGAGCCAGUAUUAUGUGGAAGUGACUGGACUGAUCCUGGAGGAGCAAAAUACUGACCAGUGGUCAGAAAUCAGCCAGAUUAUCAGAGGGCCUAUGACUGUUGUAGAGAACAUGGACAGAAUGGCUUCAAACCUAGACCAACUUCUGACUGCGGAAAGGACAAGGAUAGCGAUCCAGUACAGGAACAUCGGGAUCGAAGUCAGGAAGAUGGAGCUCAGCCGGCAGGAGCCCAGCAGUGACGUGUAUCUGGUCCAAAGCCAGGAGGCAGGCGGGCCUGACCUCAUAGAAGUUCCCCCUGAAGAAGUAGAAAGACUUAAAGCCAAAGGUCUCAGCAGAGUCACUGCGAUCAACACAUGGUACGGCCACUCCUCCCUCCAGUGCUUCCUCCCGGGGAGCAGUGCCGUGUUCCAGGACGUGGCCGCGUCUGACGGAGGACGGCGGUAUCUGAGCACACGGGUGGGCUCCGCCAUUAUUUCAUCCACUCUACGCAGUGACUACCAGGAGAUCAGCACAUCUGUACGCUAUCACCUGCAGCACCGCACCCAGGACCCGCCUGACAAGCUUGUGGAACCGAUCUGCGCUUUCUGGAACUUCAGCAUCAGCCCAGACACCGGGGGAAUGUGGUCCACUUUAGGCUGCUCCAUCAUAAUGUCUCACCUGGAAUCCACCGCCUGCUUUUGCAACCACACCACCAACUUUGCAGUGCUGCUGCAGGUGUAUGAAGUGCAGAGGAGCUCAGAGGAGGAGCUGACUCUGAAGACCCUGACGUUUAUUGGAUGUGGAGUUUCUUUCUGUGCCCUGCUUGUUACAUUCAUUUUAUUCCUGGCAGUUGGCGUUCCUAAGAGCGAACGAACAACCGUGCACAAGAAUCUGAUCUUUGCUUUAGCUGCAGCUGAAGCUCUGCUCAUGUUUAGUGAAUUGGCCAAAACCAACCAGGUACUGUGCUUUGCUGUCACAGCUUUCCUCCACCUCUUCUUCAUGGCGGCAUUUUCUUGGAUGCUGGUAGAAGGGCUUCUCCUGUGGAGCAAAGUGGUUGCCGUCAACAUGAGUGAAGAUAGGAGAAUGAAGUUUUACUAUGUGACUGGCUGGGGCCUGCCAGUCGUUAUUGUUGGUGUGACUCUGGCAACUUCAUUUAACAAGUACGUGGCAGACAAUCAUUGCUGGCUGAAUGUUCAGACCGAUAUCAUCUGGGCGUUCGUUGGGCCAGUUCUCUUUGUUCUGACGGUAAAUACCUUCGUGCUGUUCCGGGUGGUGAUGGUCACAGUGUCCAGUGCACGGAGGAGGUCAAAGAUGCUGACCCCCAGCAGCAGCCUGGAGAAACAGAUUGGAAUCCAGAUAUGGGCCACAGCCAAGCCCAUCUUGGUGCUGCUGCCAGUCCUGGGCCUGACGUGGGUGUGUGGGGUCCUGGUUCACCUCAGCAUCAUCUGGGCUCAUGUCUUCAUCGUGUUGAACUCCCUCCAGGGCUUGUACAUCUUCCUGGUCUAUGCAAUCUAUAACAGUGAGGUGAGGAACGCCAUACAGAGGAUGAAGGAGAAGAAGAAAGCUCUCUCGUUCACAAACUGUUCUCAUCCGAUCAAUUAUCUGUCGAGUCCAAGAAAUACAACCUCCUGGGAGACUGGGAAGCUGAGUCCUUCUGCGCCCGAGAGCGCCAUGUCCAGCCCUGUGCAGAAAGAUCCCCCACUGAAGAACAUUACCAACAAAGGAAACUUUGGUGCUAAAAUUCCUAUGGGGAUUUCCUCAAUGAUGUCACCAGAGAGACCGGAAGUUGGCCAAGGGACAGGGGUGGAAGCCCUGUGGCUCAGGGCACCCCGAACUAGGCUGGACAAAAGACCCUACAAACAUACAGAAUGGAACAGUCCUGCACUGGGAGUGGCACCAAACAGCCUAAUGUCUUCACGUCUAGGAUUCUCAGACCGCCCCAGGAGUGCUCCUCAGGCAAGGGCUGUAGAGCUGACAGCUUUCAAAUCCUCAGGGUUCUGAGAGGCGCUUUUCCAGGUGAUGCCCAGCCCUGCCCCCUUCUCCCCCGGGCUCUCCAAACAGAAGGCAGGUCCGUGGAAGCCGGGCACAGCGGCCAUCUUGAUUUCCUCCUGGAGACCCACAACGUCCCACGCCAUUGAACAUGUGUUUUUUACUUCCGGCACGUGCAGCUAAAACCAAGGCACGCCUGGGGCAUCCGGGCAGGCAGGAGGACUUCCCUGACCUGCUCCUCGCUGACCAUUCACACGUGACCUGCUUCCCUUGCCCCUGGCGUUAGCCCUACUGUAAUGGGCGGCAGCCGCUCCUCCCUGGGCCUUGGUUAGGUAGCCCCACGCUGCUUUGCUAGUCUGCCAUUAGACGGGGAGGGACAAACUUUGAAAGGUUCAGCUAAAACACCCCCCAGAAGCUGUUUUCCCAACUGUGAUUGGAACCCCAAUGGUCCGGUGAGGCUAGUGAGCAAAGCUACUCUCCAGCCCCCGGCCGGUUCAUGUCCCCCAAGGAGAGGUGGGGAUUGCAGCCCCAUGUCCUCACUUGGUGCAGGCCCGCUGAGUAAUCAGAGACAUGUAAGGCUGGAAGGGCCUUGAGAAGUCACCAAGUCCAGCCCCCUGCACUGAAACAAGACUACGUCAACCUGGCUGCCCCACUUCCCAGCCAGCUGAGGGCUCUGCCAGCUUUCCCUGCCCCCCAACUCUUGCCUGGUAGAGCAGCUAAAGCUCAGGGGCUUUCCAUACAGGGCAAAAGCUGAAAUGACUCAUUCCAUGAAAAGACCAUGCAGGGCUCUGGAGAGGCUGAAGGCUCAACCUGAGACACUCAGUCAGUGGGACGUGGCACCAUCGUGAAAUGGGGGGUGUAACAUCAGGGCAGAACUAGGUGUGUCUAGCUAGAAUAGUGUCGUUUCUGGCUCACUGGCCAGGGCAAGACCCAGUCCUUUCAUGUUAGUUCUGUCCUUCGUGCACUAGCUGGGCUGGAGGCAAAGUGAAGGAAAAGGUAAUGCGCUCCCCUUCCCACUCACUCAUCUCCUGCCUGAGCACGGCCUGUUAAAAGGCAGCACACAAAGUAGCCCUCGCAAUGCACUAGCCCCCUCGUGUUCUGUACACACAAUAAAACGUUCCCUCCCCUUAACUGCAAUGCUUGUACAUUAGUCUCGCAUUAGCCGGCUUUCUAUUAGUGACGCUGCUGCUCAACCAGAUGUUCUGGGCUUGAUGCAGGAAUCGCUUUGUGAGAUUCUCUGGCCCGUGCCUUGCAGAAGGUCAAACAAAAUGUUCACCAUGGGCCCCGCUGGCCUUAACGGCUAUGAAGGGACUGUAUUGACCACACCUCUCAGGGCAGCGUCACCCCCCUCAGCUCAGCACUGUUUCUCCAGAUCAUGGUUCAGGAAUGCAGUAAAGGAUGUGCUGCAGUCGAGGGGCUGUAAUAGUGCGUUCCUGGCUUGCUGUAUGUUCCCCAGGUUGGUUUGCUAGACCAGCCCAUCUCUAGACGGCUGCCACUUCGCUCACCAAUGCAUGGACCAAACAAACAGCAGCAUUGAAGCCGUGGGGGGGGGGGGGUCUCCCUGAGGCAGCUCCUAUUUUGCACUAAUCACAGGGGGCUUUAUGUUCCCCCCACCUGCCUCUUAUAUCCCCUUCCUAACAUUGCUACAUGACAGUGUGCUUAGCCCCUCAGCGGAUAAACCUCUCCUGCCAUCAGCUACCAGCCCGAGAGGCUGACCGCCAGGUGUGUGGGAGCAAAGGCCUAAGUGCCCUCCCCCCACCUGUAUUAGUGAGAGAAGGUUAGUGGAGAGCCGGUGAAUGUGUUUGGCAAGACAUCCUCGUGCCUCGCGUCAGAGGAUUGUAGGCUGUUGGAGACUAGCAGGGUCCUUUCUAGCAGGGUCCUUUCCUGCUCUUCCAGGCUAAAAGCCAGGGCCUUGUAGAGGAAAAACAACAAACCAAACCUGCACAUGCUUUGUCUCCUUGCAUGGCUGGCAUCCAUGAGUGGCCAACAAUACCAUGAACUGCAGACCGGGAUGUGCAAGGGGUGUGCACAGCCAGACCAGCCGAAGUGCUGCAUUGUAAAGGACCGUUUGGCUGCCCGCCACUGCCCCCAGCAAAGGAGGCUGGUGCACUGCCAGGCACCUGUAAUGUUUCCAUCCCCCCUCCUGCACGGGUUAGACACGGUGUGCCUGGGAAACAGGCACGCUGAGCCAGACGGUAGCUGGGUUGUAUUUUAGGGUUUGGGGUUUUUUUUCUUCAUUUUUAAACCAGCUGAUUAUGCUAGCUUGAUGAACUAUUCUCACGCCAGCCCUAAAGGAGCUUAGCAGCUGUCUAGUGUAGCACUGCUCAGAGGCAGAGGGUGUGUUAUCCUGCCCUGGCUGGGCUUUGCAGCAGAGGGUUUCUGCUCCGAUGUGCCUAGGCAUAGAGCACACGUGCGCUCGGUAGCAGGUUAGCUGAGUAUUAUGGCUGAGUAAAUGCUGACUUUAAAGA